AUGUCGUCCCCCUACACGAUCCCCUACAAGGCUGGCAGUGCCGCUGUCUUUGUCCCGGGUGCUGCCUCUCACCCUGCUUCACCCAAGGAGCACGCAGCGGUGAAUAUGCAGGGAGGCCGGCAGCCGGCGGUUGCUGGCAAGCCCGACGCUGCUGACACUAGUUGUAGCAAGGGUGAGCCGGUGACCGUUGCUGGCGGUCCCAAGGACGCCAUUCCGGCCAAGUUUGCGUCCGCUGUUGCGGCUGCUGCUGGCGGUGGCAUUGCCAUCGUCACCCCGGGUGGCCUCCAGGGCGUUGGUGGCUCAGCUCCUGCUGGUGCCACCAGUGGCAGUGGCCAGAGUGACCAGGGCAAGAAGAGUGAGGCCAUUGGCCUCAACAUCGAUGUCAAUCGCACUCCGUUCGGCUCUGACGGCUGUGAUGAGGACUACAAGGAUGGCAUGCCUCUUUCGCCCACUACGACGACCAAGAGUGCACAGCGCCAUGCCACCCGUGCCUUGCCUGUUUUCGAGAAGCAGCUCCAGGCUUCCCGAGCCGAGAUUAAGCGACUUCGAAGUGCUCUCAGCGAUGCCACUCUCGUCCUUGAGGACCAGGAGAUCGAGAAGCUUCGAGCUGCCAUUAUCGGCUAUCAGAAGUCGUGCAAGCAGCUUGAGACUCAGUGCGAGAACUUGUAUCAGCAGACCCACGACCUCCAGUCCCAGGCUCAGCGCCUUCACCAGGAGCGAGAUGGCGUUCAGUUCAAGAACCGGCGUCUUCAAGAUGAGAUCCAUUCUCUUCGUCGCAAGAACACAGACGCCAUGACCGGUAUUCAGAUUCUCACUGACAUGACCGUCGCCAUGUACAACAUGAUCCUUGACAACUGUCCCGAGAUCUUGAGCUCUCUUCCAGAGCGUGUCCAGAAGACGGUUGAGUUUGUUCAUGAGGAGUGGAAGGAUGAGCAGUACCAGCAGUGCUUCUUCCCCAAUCAGCUUGCCCCGGCCGUUCCACCUUACAACCUGGUGCCUUACCAUACCCCAGUUCCUAUUCAUGGCAGCAUUGAUUUCAUUCCUUUCCAGAGCGCCAACGAUGCUCAGAACGCCAACAGUUCUCAGCACGGCACCGCCGCUCAGAAUGGCAUCGCCACUCAGAAUGACAUCUCUACCCACGAUGGCACCUCUACCCACGAUGGCAACACCGAUACUUCUGCCUUCAUGCCUUUUGGACAUGAUCAGCAGUUCAUGCAGGAGCAGCGUCCCCGCUGUAUUCCCAACCAUUCCCCUUCCAACGAGAACGCUAACAUCUACCUUCCUGGUCACCCUGGCGUCUUCAGACUGGUGUUGUACAGCCCUGGUGAACAGACUUAUGAGGCUCGCAAUCCCAAUGUCGAGAGUCCUCAGACUCCUUCCAACGGUGGCCCUUCCAACUAUGGCCCCUUCAAUGCUGGCCCCUACAACGCUGGUCCUGCCAACGGUGGCCCUUCCAAUGCUGGCCCUUCCGAUGCUGGCCCUUCCAACGAUGGCACUGCCGACGCUGGUACUCCCAACACCGCUCACGACCCCCAGACUCCCCCUUCUCGUCAGCACUAG